AUGCACUGUUAUAUCUAUUGUCCCUGCUCUGAGCCAGUGGGCCACAGACAGCCAUCUCCUGAACAUGAACAUGGCUCGCCCAACGAUAGCAUACCCUCAAAGAUAAACGACCCCAGCACCCUCUAUCCUCUCUCCAACUUGUUGUUUUGCGAUAACUGUCUAGCAGUUAGAUGUCCCAAAUGCAUUGAACCAGAGGUUGUGUCGACAUACUGCCCCAGCUGCUUGACCAACAUCGACAAUACUGACAGCACAAGUCGCACUCUUCUGGCAGGGCAUUCAGGCUCGUCAAUAUCAAACUUCUGCAACAGAAACUGUUUCCAGUGUCCAAUUUGCAACUCGAAUUUGACCAUCACAACCACAUCUUCGUCGCCUACAACACCAGUCUCCCUUGGUGCUGUUUCUCCAACAAGCCCCAGUGUUUACAAUUUCAAGUGCUCCUAUUGCAGCUAUAAGUAUCAAACCAUAAAGCCCAAUCUCUCAAUUUCUCUAACAGACCAUAUUCAACAGUGUUCAGAUGAUUCUCUCUCUAAUUCAUACUACAGAAAACUUAAAUCAAACUACAGAUCGCAAAUUAAGCUUCAAAAAAGAUUGUCCUUGAUGAAAUCUUUAUCAGGCCAAAAUAUAAACCUAUUAUUGUCUGGCUUUUCAUCCUUAAGAAUCUCAGACUCGCUUAAUUCCUUUUCGCUUGCUUCCUCGUCUUCCAAUUCAUCCUUUUUAUCUCAUUCUCUUAUUGGCAGCAAUACUAAUGAAAGUCUUCACAAUGGGUUUUCUGUCCAAAAGUUCGAUGAGGAGCAAGACAUAAAUAAUGCCAAAUCAAUUUCAUUGCAAAAAGAUUCAAGUAACUUACUAUCAUUAAACCAAUUCAAUAAAUCACCCUCACAAUUCAUAGAAUCUAAUAUCGAAAAGAAUAAAUUUAUCUCAAUUUCAGAUUUACAUCAAAACUCAAAAAAUCUAAAUUCGGACUUACUCCCACUACUCAAAAAACUCAAGGCGAAAUUUUCUUACAAAUGCAAAGCUUGUAAAAAUUUAUUAAUAAAACCAGACGACGAUAUUAAAUCCUUUAAAUUUUACAAAUCUCUAAAUGCCUAUGAUUAUUUACCCACAAUGAAAUUGAUGAAAAUUCCCAAAAAAAUCAAUUCCUAUAAUAAAUUUCUAAUAAAUGGUAAUGAUAAUGAUAACUAUAAAUAUGAUAAUAACUAUAAACUAAUUCCCAAUUCCUUUUUAAGAUAUCUUUUGUUUUUCAGAAACGAUUAUUUAUCCUACGAAUUGGAUAUAUCUAUUUCAACUCACUCUGUUUCUAAUAAUAUUUUCAAAACUGAAAUAUCUUUGCCUUGUUCACUUUUCACUUUGAACGGCAAGUAUUCCCUAACAAAAAAUACAAAUAACAACAACAACAACAACAACAACAAUAAUAAUAAUAAUAAUAAUAAUAAUAAUAAUAAUAAUAAUAAUAAUAAUAAUAAUAAUAAUAAUAAUAAUGAUCUUAAUGACAAUACUUUUUUGGAAAAUAAUGACGAUUUAAAUGACGAUAGUUCUAAGAUUUUACAUAAAUUGAAUAAGAUAGAAAACUUCAUAAAAGGAAUUCCAUCUUUAGAAUUAAAUUCAAAAUCAUCCAAAUUAUCAAUUUUGGAAUUGUCUAAUAGAAAAAUUAAAAGAAAAAAACUUCAAGAAUUGGAUGAUUUAUCUUUGAGCCCAAUCUCUGAUUCAUCUUUAGGCACCAAAAGGGAAUUUUUGCUAAAAACCCCAGAUACUCCAGUCUUGCCACUAAACGAAGAUGAAAAAAACUUGGCUCCAAAAGCAACCAAUGACAAUGACACAAGUCUUUCUAAGAAAUUUCCACAAAACUCUUUUUUCUCUUCAUCCUCAUCGCCAGAUAAAGAUGAAUUUGAAUUUUUUACAUCUAAUAAUAUGCCCUUUGAUAGUGGUGAUAAUUGGUGCUGUAUUCCAUUAGACAUACAUUUGUCCAACUUUAGCCAAUACAAUUAUCCAUUGAAAGUGCCAAUAUUUGUUAGCAUCAAAGUUAUUAAAAAAACCAUCUCAGAUUUAAAUUCCAGCGUUGAGUAUGACAAUAACAAAAAGGAUCGAUUUCCCGAAAAUACAUUUGGGUUUUGGGUGCUAGCUGACAUUGGCCAAGUAAAAGUAAAAUCGUAA